CAUCCCCGUCCCCUGCGCUCGUGAUCUCGGCGGCGGCGGCGGCUUUCCCACGGUUAUUCUGCAGCACGUUCAAAAUCGUUAAAUGGGUAAGGCAAAGCGUGCAUCAAUUUUUAUCAGGCUCGUUUCAGCAGCCGGAACUGGAUUUUUCUACGUGAAGCGCAAGAAUCCUCGACGCAUCACAGAGAAGCUUGAGUUCAGGAAGUACGAUCCACGUGUAAACAAGCAUGUUCUGUUUACAGAAGCGAAGAUGAAGUGAGAGCAGUCUUUCUUCGGUGCCCAGACCUCUGUACCGUUCACUUUGGUCUGAAGACAAUGCUACAUUUAUUACCUUAUUAUUAUAGGUUCUAGAAUGUGAUCUUUCAUGUACACAACCCUAAUGUGCAUGUGUUUUAUCUUGCUGGCAGAAAUACAGCAUGAAUUUUCACU